CCCUCACUCAGGGUGUUUGGCCUUUGGGUUUGUUUUGUGUGGAUGCUUUUCAAGACCCAGCCGUCCCUUUCAUAACUCUCUCAGUUUUCCAACUAUGUCGAAUAUAAUAGUUUACACGCAUCGAGAUAACCCAGAAGGAAGAAAGAGAAGAAUCUGUCUUGUUCUCUCCUCCGCCCAAAGGGGGGAUAUAUACAAAUACAAUAAAUAAUACAAAUGCAGAGAGAGUUGGGAAGAAAGGCAAGAUUAGAAGAUCAGUGAAUUUGAGAAGAAAAAAUAUGGUGGGUAUCUUUUCACGAUUCUCUGGAAGCAGAAACAGCCAUCGACGGACUCAAAGCGCAGUCGAUGAGAGAGAAGUACCACCCAAUGCUGACACCACAGGUGUUACUACCGCUGCAGCAGUUGCUGCUCAUGGGAUUGAAGUAGCAGUAGAGUUUAAGCCAGUUGAACACCCAGUUGAGCCUCUUGACAAUGAUCGACCAGUAAAAUGCCCACUACCAGAGCCUUCAAUUCUCAAUGAUGGGAGAAUAUGGAAAGAGCACAUAUCUGCAAAUGCACAGAGGAUGUCAGACUUGUCUGUUAUGAAGGAAGAAUCGCAUCUUGAACCUGAAGUAGCUGGGAUAAAGCAGCAGAGAUCUCAAUCUAAUCGCCUGAUUCUUCCAUCCCUUAGCGCCCCAGAGCACAAUCUUGUCCAUCUACUGGAAGAAUGUAAUGCAUCUGGAAACUGAAAUUACUGGGUAUCAAUGUUUAAAUGGGGUGGUCAUGGUUGUGAUUGUUUUUGGAAUCUUUGCUUCAUAAUGUUUUUCAUGGCUUCCUUGUGACUAAUUUUCCUUGUAAAUUUUAUUAAAACAGGAAAAGAAAGACCUAUGUGUAGUCCCAAAACAUUGGGACAUUGAAUCUUAUAUUUAAUAUCUAAAUAACUAAAGUCUCUGUAUGUGAGCAUGCAAUUAGCUCCAGGGAUGCAUCUAUCUAUUGUUUGAUUCAGGAACAGUAUGCAACUGUGCUUAUACUUCUUGUCAAUCGAUUA